AUGACCAGCUCACUACAAACGUGGUUGAUAAAAACGUUCGAUACAUUUGCACACGGACUCGCAUCCAGUUACACCGCCGGAAUUUACAAUUACCUAUUCGUCCCGACGAAAAAUGAGUCGACCGAGGAGACCACUUUAAAACUGACUACUCUGGAUCUGUCCACCAUUUUGAAUGCCCUAAAGGAUUUGCUAAUCAGUUCAGUUCAAUCGGUCACAGUCUGGGCCACAUUACCGGAAGACUCACAAUUUGGCCCAGUUAAACAAAAUAUCUAUUGGCUUUUGAUUUUACUCUGUUUGCUGGUCAUUCUCAUCGGAUUGGGUUACACCUGUACCGUGAUCAUUUACCCGUUUGUCAGGGGCAAACACUGUCAAUGUCGCAAAAAGCAUGACCUGGAUCGAUUAGCACUGCCAUUUCGUCGAAAUCGAUGCUGUCAAACCAAUUCGGGCGCAGCCUACUUGAGCCUGGGAAUUACAUGCGCCCUGCUCCUCAUGGUGCUAUUUUCUAUCUGUACAUUCGCAUUCUAUGCUCUUGGAGCACUUGCCUCACCGGGGGGAUCCGCGAUCAGUAACCGGGUGAAAAACAAUACCGGGACUGUCAGCAACGGGAGCAAAAACAGCAGUAGUCUGAGUGAAUCAUUGGGAUUUAUUGUGGAUGAGGUUCGUUUAUUUCUGGAAGACGUUGUCCCGAUCGGCCAAAAUGCGACAAAUCAAACGGUGAACGAAGUGGUUAAAGUUUUGGAGAAAAAUCUGAUAAAUCUUGUCCAAGAGAUACUCGAUCAUUUACUCGUUAGCUACGGAGUUCAGACACUGAUUGACAAUGCGAAGCAUUUGAUACAAAAUGUGAGCACUUUGCAAGAAACCACUUACUUCAUCAAUGAUAAAUCUGCCAUUGUUCUGGCAGAUGUGAACGCCUUCCAAGGAGCAAUGAAAGGUUAUCAGAACGCGUUGCGAGAUGCUUUUGACUCCUUGUGUCUGACUCUGACCAACUCACUCGAUCAUCUCAAAUGCUUAUCUCUACGAAAUCAGAUCUCCGUUUUGGAUGUCAAGUUCAACUCGAGCGCCAUUCUCACUGAACCCAGUGUUGUGCUUUCUGAGUUGACAACUAUAUUUGGAAUUAACAUGACAGCGAUUGUCAAUGACUUGAAUCAACUACAAACGGAACUGAAUAAGAAGUCGCAAGUUAUUCAGGAACGCUUGAGCGAGAAGUUCGACGUGAAUGAAUUAUUUGAACCAGUACAAAAGCUGUGGAUCACCCUUGCCCAAAAGCUACAGCCAACUAUUCAAGAUCUAACAACGACCAGUACGAAAGUGAAACAAACAACCAGCAUUGGUCUUAUUAUCCUAUUCACCAUUGGCUAUAUCGUGUUGGUCCUCUGUUUGCUCCUUCUGUCCAGUCUGACCGUUUAUAUCGCGCUCUAUGGGACUGAAUGCUUCGAGCGUUCGUUUUUUAAAGGAACUCGAACUGUUCUCAGUUCAGAGGCAUUCAAUCAAGACGCUCAACAAAACGACGCCCCAAAUACCUAUCCACCUCCACGUUGUUCGGCAAAGUACCUCAUCGCUAGUAUGAUAGCUUCAGCUGUGUUUUUUUUUCUUCUACUCAUUGUCUGCAUUGUUAUUGUCAUUUUCUCAGUCGUAGCCGUAAACGACGCCUGUCGCUAUGCGAUCACACCUCGUGGUCAAAACCAAACUGAUGCGGUCUUAAAUUUGUACCUAAAAACGUUAUGGCCAGACCUGAUUUCCAACGUGCAGCUGAGUCCGGAUGUGGAAUCACUGGUGCUCCUUCAAGUACCUCAAAAUGUGUUUCAAGCGUUAACGAUUUAUUGCCCAAGUACUUCCGAGACCGGUGGGAACACCACAGAUGGACUAUUAAGUUUGGUUGGAUUGAAUAACGUCGUCAAUGUGACUGCUGUUUUGGAAUCUUCCAGCAUUCAAAACGUCAUCAAUGAUGGUGAGGACCAGUUAGUAAUGGAAAUUCUCACAGUCAAUUUCUCGUCCUACCUACCGAAGCACUUGGAUGAAUUGUUUGCGACCAUAGAAAACAUUACAUAUUAUUUGGACAGCGCAGAUUACACAGAGACCAUCAAACAGCUAAAAACUGAUCCAUUGGACGUAAACACUGCCACUGAGUACACACAGUCUUUGAAAACAUUCGCAGAACCGUAUAGUGAAAAGUAUGCCGAUGCGAGGACUAUUGUGAACACGGCCGAUGCAAUACAACACCAAUUACAAACAAUGAAUUCACUCAAGCAAGAAGCGCAUGAAUUGGCACAGGCCUAUGAGAAGCUACAACAACUUAGAACGUUAACCAGCCAGCUCAUGUCCAUACAGUCAGAUCUGGCGACUGUCGAAACGGUACGCUUUCUUUUGCCAGGGUAG